AUGGGCAACCAACCGUCCAGCGAAAAGGGAAAGAAGGGGGAGAAGGGCGCUGAUGGUGUUCCUCUAGGACGUGAAUAUUACCGCUCUUUCGAACGAUCAGACACCCAAGGCUCCACACGCUCGUUGCGCAACUCCAUUCGUAACAAAAUCCCCGGCACCGGUAAGACCGACAGCCCACGCAACUCAGUGUCGAACCUGAGCGAAGUUUCCAACGGCAAGAACGACAAGUCGGAUGCAGUUUCUCUCAAAUCAGAGAAGAGCAAAGGAGGUCGAAGCUCACGACGAGGCUCGGUAGCUUCGGAAGGAGCUGGUCUCGUCGAAACAGCCGCACAGGUGGACGAGCUGCCAGACGAGCCGCAGCCACCACCUUCGCCCGUCCAGGGUGCUACUGUUGGACAUGGCCACGAAGCUGUGGGCAAAGCACAGCAAACCGGCGAAGUCGACCGCGUUUCCGAAGUACCGCCCUCGGGUGUUCCACCGCCCUCAGCUUCAACUCAACCGGGAGAAUCGAUCUUACAGAAGAAGGGCCAGCCGAUUCCGAGACUGCCGGAACCUCCCACAGCGAACGAUGGGGCUGGGUCGCCUAUGGAGAUCAGCGCACUCAAGGCGAUAGACCUUGACGACAUGAUCCAGCGUUUGCUGGAUGCAGCCUACGCUGGCAAGGUCACCAAGACGGUCUGUUUGAAGAAUGCAGAGAUCUUCGCGAUUUGCUCUGCUGCACGGGAGGUGUUCUUGAGCCAGCCAGCGCUGUUGGAGCUUGCGCCACCCGUCAAGAUUGUCGGCGACAUCCACGGCCAGUACACAGACUUGAUUCGCAUGUUCGAGAUGUGUGGGUUCCCUCCCAACUCUAACUAUCUGUUCCUGGGCGAUUACGUCGACCGUGGCAAGCAGAGCUUGGAAACUAUCCUACUACUGAUGUGCUACAAGCUCAAGUUCCCCGAGAACUUCUUCCUCCUCCGCGGUAAUCACGAAUGCGCGAACGUCACACGUGUGUACGGCUUUUACGACGAAUGCAAACGAAGGUGCAAUAUCAAGGUGUGGAAAGCCUUUGUCGAUACCUUCAACUGUCUGCCAAUUGCAGCCAUCGUGGCUCAGAAGAUCUUCUGCGUUCAUGGUGGCUUGUCUCCGAGUUUGUCGCACAUGGACGAUAUUCGACAGAUUGCACGACCCACCGAUGUCCCUGAUUAUGGCUUGUUGAACGACCUGUUGUGGAGUGACCCAGCAGAUAUGGAGAAUGACUGGGAGUCCAAUGAGCGAGGUGUCAGCUAUUGCUUCGGCAAGAAGGUCAUCAUGGAGUUCUUGCAACGACAUGACUUCGACCUAGUUUGUCGAGCGCACAUGGUAGUUGAAGAUGGCUAUGAGUUCUUUACCGACAGAGUCCUCGUCACCGUGUUCUCAGCGCCGAACGUAAGUAAUGCUUCGCCCGAAACAUGUCGCAUCACUAACAAGCUACAGUACUGCGGCGAAUUCGACAACUGGGGUGCCGUCAUGUCGGUCUCAGGUGAACUGCUCUGCAGUUUCGAAUUGCUCAAGCCUCUUGACUCGAGCGCUCUCAAGAGCCAUAUCAAGAAGAGCAGGAACAAGCGUCAAAGCAUGCUCAACUCACCAGUACGUAUCAAGCGGCCUCGGCCUAUGGAUUUAAAGCAAUCUCUAGCGCCAUAUAUUAUAUAUCUUCCUUGUACUGACUUAGUUGCAGCCUGCACAAUACGCUCCCCAGAGUUACUAACGUGCUUCUUUCUGUGUAGGAUAGCGAGAGCGGUGGCUCACCGUUGUCAAUACUCGCAAAAGACAAGCUCAUGCAAGAUCCAGGUUGUGAUGAAUCAGCGGACAAGUACAAGAAUGCAGACGGGUCCGAUACGAGGUGCCUACGACAGGGCCUACGGCGGAGACCUGGUUCGAAUCAGCUCGGUAGCUCAGGCGACAGCGAAAAGGCCCUCACUGCACAGACAGUCGAUACGUCGACACCAUCGAUACCCACGUCGCCUCAUAUCCCUCCCAUACCAGCCAAAAAUCUCGCUGUCAAAUCGCUCUUAG